GGGAGGUUUCGGCCCGGCCGCGUCUUGCGCUGAGGCCGCCGUUGGGGGCGGCGGAGUGCGGAGCUCCGGGCGGCAGCCUGGUUCGUGCCCGCCCCGACACGGCCGGGAGCCUCCAGAAAUUACGGGACAGAGUUUAAAAACACCGAAGCCUGGGUUAGUUUUUAGCUUGAGAGCGUAGGUUAAAGUUUCCUUCAGCCACAGCCGAAACCAGCAGCUCAGUGCCUGCUUGGGCAGCACCUCUCCUGGAAGGAAAGCGGGUGCUGUUGCAAGAUUUACAACGGAGCUGUAGGGCUUAUACAGCUAUCCGACUUAUGUAGAAUUCCUCUGAAACAGUAACGUGACAGAAUGGGUAAAAAAGUGAGGAAGGAAGUAGAGCCUCCACCCAAGGAUGUGUUUGAGCCUUUACUGAUUGAAAGCAAAGCAGUAGCGACAGUUGUACUAAUGCUUGAUUCUCCAGAAGAGGAAGUUUUGGCCAAAGCAUGUGAUGCUAUAUAUAAAUUUGCAUCAAAAGGUGAUGAAAACAAAGUGACACUUCUUGGUCUUGGAGCAGUGGAACGUUUGUAUAAACUCAUCUCACAUGAAGAUCCAAUAGUACGCAGAAAUGCCAUGAUGGUAUUUGGUAUCAUGGCUUCUAAUCAUGAUGUCAAGAAGUUACUGAGGGAACUGGAUGUCACAAGUUCACUUCUGUCACACCUGGUACCAGAAGAAGAUGUGGUUAUUCAUGAAUUUGCUACUCUGUGUCUGGCACAUAUGGCUGUUGAAUAUACUACUAAAGUACAAAUAUUUGAGCAAGGUGGAUUAGAACCACUUAUAAGUCUACUAAGUAGUCCUGACCCUGAUGUUACGAAGAACUCAGUUGAAUGUAUUUAUCUCCUGGUACAGGAUUUUCAGAGCCGUGCUGCUGUUUGUGAACUGAAUGUAAUUCCACCGUUGCUGGAUCUACUGAAAUCUGAAUAUCCUGUUAUUCAGUUGCUAGCCCUUAAAACCUUGGAAGUAAUUAGCAAAGACAGAGAAACAAGGAUAAUACUGGGAGAAAAUCAAGGAUUAGAUUGUCUUCUGAAGAUACUGGAAACCAAUGAGUUCAACGAUCUACAUGUGGAAGCUCUUGCUGUGCUGGGAAAUUGUCUUGAAGAUGUGCAUACUAUGCAAUUGAUUCGGCAGACAGGAGGCCUUAAAAAGCUACUUUCAUUUGUUGGAGUCUCUACUGUUCCUGAUAUUCAGAAGAAUGCAGCAAAGGCAAUUGCCAAAGCAGCUUGUGAUUCUGAAAAUAGAAAAAUCUUAAAUGAGGAAAAUGUUGAGAACUGUCUCAUAAAUCUUUUGGAAAUUGAUGAUGAUGGAGUUAAAGUUGCUGCUUCCCAAGCUAUUUCUGCCAUGUGUGAGAAUUUGGCUAGCAAACGUGUGUUUGGACUCCAGGGGAUUCCCCAGCUAGUGCAGUUGCUAAGCAGUGAUGAUGAAGAGGUAAAAGAAGCUGCAGUCAUAGCAUUAGCCAAUUUGACAACAGCCAGUCCUAGUAAUGCAAGCGCUGUUGCAGAAGCUGAAGGAAUUGAGCCUUUAGUGAAGACCUUAAACACCGAGAGACACGGAGCCGUUGCUAAUGCUGCUGCGGUGCUAACAAAUAUGGCCACGCAAGAGCCUUUGCGCUUAUGUAUUCAGAGCCACGGCGUGAUGAGUGUGCUCACAGAGCCGCUACGUUCUGCCAGCAGCCGGGUGCAAAGCAGGGCAGCACUCACUGUGGCUGCCUUUGGGUGUGAUGCUACCGCAAGAAGUGAGUUAAGAAAUGCAGGUGGAUUGGGACCACUUGUUGAGCUACUACAUUCGAAGGACAAAGAAGUCAGAAGAAAUGCCUGUUGGGCUGUCAUGGUCUGUGCAAGCGAUGAACUAACUGCUGUCGAACUGUGCAGGCUAGGCCAUUGUGUUUUGUCUAACAGUGCGCUAGACAUCCUAGAAGAAAUUAAUCAGUCAACAGGGCGCAGAAAUAACUUUAGUGAAGCUGCUCUGGAAAGGCUACUUGAUAACAAUCUUUCCCAGAAGUACAGCCAAAUGGGAUAUUUAUCAUCAAGUAAUGUCAUUACUGAUGGAUUCUAUGAUUAUGGGAAGAUAAAACCUGGCGUAAAACUUCUGUCUUUGGAGGAACUGAGUAUGCAAGAGCUUGCUGACCGUCGGGCCAUCAUCUUCAUUAAUGCUAAGCCGCAAGAAGAUGUCCUUGCAGUAGAGGAAAAGCUACAGCAUUUAUCUUAUGAACAGACUACUUUGUCACCUUUUACUUCAAGAAAAAGUAGUAGAGAAAAAGUAAGAAAAGGGAAAGGGAAGAAAGAAGAAGAAAAAAUGAAAGAAGUUGAGAUUGUGUCUGAAGUCCAGGAUGAAAUAAAUCUGGAAGAUGUCCAGUGGCAACCACCACCCGACUUCAUGUUAAUGAAUUAUAUUCAUGAUGCUUCUGAAACAAUUCUACCACUCACCACUACUCGGGAACAGGUUGUGGCUCUUGCACAGUUUGUUGCAGACAAAAUGGGUGGUGCAAUUGAAAGAGACAAACUACAUGAUUUCAGCUGGGAGCUACACAUAAGUGAAAUAAAAUUUGAACUGAAAUCCAACAUUGUGCCUAUUGGGAAAGUUAAAAAAGGAACAUUUUACCACAGGGCUUUACUUUUCAAGGUGAUAGCAGACAGACUUGGAAUUGGCUGUAGUUUAGUUCGUGGCGAGUAUAACAGAGGUUGGAAUGAAGUUAAAUUGGUUGAUGACUCUCCUCAAGGAGUAACUGGGCUUCUGCUUCCUCCUCAAGAGUAUAUUGUAGAUCUGAUGUUUGUACCAGGCUUUCUGAUGAAACAAGAAAGUGUAGAGGCUGAUCAGUACAAAUAUAUUUAAUCACACCCAAAUUUCUCAAAAAUAAGCAUUUUAAGAUGAUUAUAUGCUGUAAUCUAUGAAACAAAAGGGGGUUGCAGUCCAAAGGAAAGGCAUACAUUUCUACAGACAUUUGCUGAAAGACGCUCUUCAUUUUCUGAGAGUUCACUUUAGAUAUCUGUAUUUGGUAUGUUGUUCUAAACAUGGAAUUAAUCAUAUUUUACAUAGCCAACCUCAGUUCUUAGAAAUGAGGGAGGGAGUGGAGGCUGUUAGUGUUGGUACUACAUUAAGACUAAAAUUAAAAUUUAGUAGAUCAAGAAUAUUUGAUAUAUUGUGCUUAUUAUAUAGAUUUAAAUUAUUUCCAAACUACAUUUUUUUUUUUCUUGUGGUUCUUCAACAGUGUACUUUGCUUCUGGGGAAAACAUUCCAUUUAUAUUUCUUGGAACUUGCUAUAAUUAUGGAUAAUAUACUCUAUGUAAAAGUAAAUAGUUUGUCCUGCCACAGAGAAGAGAGAUGAUUUAUAAAUUAGUGCUUGCAAUCUCCCUUUAAUUUCUAAGUCUAAGGAUUAUGUGAUUCUGUGAUUUCUACCUUUCUAAUGAAUGUGAACCAGCAAAGCAGCAGACUGAAGAUAGUGGUGCUGUCAGUGGGAUUUUGAUAUGGGAGGACCUAAUGCCUUGACCUGCAUACUUCUGUCUGCUUGUUCUGCAUGUAUAGAGACUGUUAUGGCAAACAGGAUUCUAAGUGGAUUAUUUCAGUCUUUUUAGAUCAGCUUGCUGGCUCAGAGACAUUUCUGAAGGGUGCUUCUGUAGCUACACGUGGCUACAGAGAAGGAUUCUUCUAUUUUCCCCAAAGUAUAUGCAGAGGCAGUACAGAUUGCUGGCAGCAGCAUACCAAUGUUUCCAUGCUUCCCCUCUGUCGCCCUUGGUCUCUGAUCAGUAGUUGAGCAUCCAGGUUAAUUUCCACUUGUUUUAUCUUUUCCAGCAAGGGACAACUGCUGUCUAAUUCAUGGAAUUAAUGCAUUUCAUAUAUUUUCUGAUUUUACUAAACAACAGCAACAGUGGAAGGCUUCUAGCAUGUCACUCCUUCAAACUCUAUGCUCCCUUGCAUUGUAGAAACUGAACACUUUCCCCAGUAAACAUCAGUAACUAUUUAACUCUGGACCCUGAGAAGGAUCCAGAACUUAUGGAGCAAAACAAAUGUUUCUUUUCAAAUCCAACAGGAUCUUUCAAAAUCUUAUAUAUACAAAUAUAUAUUUGUAUGUGUGUAUAACUUGGCUUCAUGCAAAAACAAACAAAUCUUUUGUUAGUGAAUAUGGAUUUGGGAUGAUGAUGUACUAAUUCAUCAACAGGUCCUCUGCAUGAAUCUGAACCUCUUCUAUUACGUGACUCCCUUCUCCAAAAAUCCAACUUGUUAUCAACACAGUGUCAAAAUGGAGGCUGUGCAGAGGCAAUAGGCUUUUACUGGCUAACAUGCCAACUUGGUUAAAAUAGAAAAGUGCAUUAAUACUCAUAUUCAUAGCUCUCGUGGUGGUUUUUACAAGAGCCGUUUCCCCCCACAAUUCAUGCAGUACCUAUUUUCUUCAGGAAACUUGAAAAUAAGCAAAAAAUUCCCCAGACGAUGCAAAGCCCCAAAACAGCAUGCAUAGAAACCGUUGUAUGUGCCAUCACAGCAAAGCAGAAGAAUGAAGGAUGGCAAGAGUCUGUCUGCCCAGGUAGCCUAUCUCCAGUAAUGAUCGAUAAGGCAAAGGUUAAGAACAUGGCACAAAUGCAUUUCUACAUUUCCAGAGCAGUUUGCAGUUCAGGGGCUGUGCCUCACACAGAUGUCACCCAGGGGAGGAUCACAGGGCUCUGCUCCAGCACCUUGCCAUGGGCUUUGCUAGACUGCUCUGUGGCUGUGGGGUGUGAUUGUUUCCUGCUCUUUACCAGUAUGGCCGUUAGAGCAGGACUUUGCUGAUAAAUGAAAAGCUCCUUAGACCUCUUAAUGAGCUAAUUAUUUUUCUAUUAUAAAAAUGCUACCUCUGACACUGAAAGAUAUCGGUUAUCUUGGGAUGACUUUACCUGGCCCUCCUUGUCCACUGUUACCAGGCAGGAUUCACACUUCAGGUACAGGUGGUGUAUGUGCAGCAAUGCCAGCAAUGUGGGGGCAAAAAUGCGCUCAUGUGUGUCUUUGACCUAUAAAAAUGUUAUUUGUAGGACAUAGCAGGAACUCAUGUGUUGGGGGCUCAGUGAGCUAGUAAAAGCUUCUUUCUCAUUAAGGAGGGAGCCUAUUUGCAUGCUAAUUAACCAGCCUGCUCUUCCAGCUCAUUGAUGUUUCGCUGACAUGCUGAGAUGCCAUCUAUGGAAACUGUGCGCAAAGCAGAACCAAAGACAGCUCCUGCUUGAAGCUGAAUAAAUGCCCAGGGACAUUUAAUGAAGGCAAAUGGCAGGCUGGAAGGUCUGACCUCCCCAGGCUGGGCAGCCACAGCCAAAGGCCUGUUUUAGGCUAUGAGACAAAAAGCUCACAACUCUUUAGUAAAAGGCUCUCCUAAAAAGUGCAGCGCUGUUUGGUUGUGCAGCAUUUUCUAGUCUUCCAAAAUCUGCCUACUGCUCCCCGUCACUCCCUUGUGACUGCUACAGAAAACUGCCAAAUACAACAAAUCCCUAUAUGGAUUCCAUAGCAUGCAACAAGCUCCCCUUCAAGGUGCUAGCAUCGCGCAGGCUUGCUCCAGAGCACAGUGCUGCCUUCCUGUGGAGCAGAAGCUGCUCCGGGGAGCCCACACCCUGCUGCAAUGGGCUGAGCAGUGGGGCACCAGGGAGCUCCCAGCCUGCAGGCCCUGUCUAUGCUGCUUUGUUCUUCUCGUGCUGUCUCCAUGAGAUGUCCCUAAACUAUCUCAUUGUUUCUGAUAUUAGUUUUUUGUGUUAACCUAUGUCCUUCAACAAAUGAGCAGCUCUUUCUAGUUAUGAAAGGGUAUAAGGAUUUGGUGGGGAAAAUUAAAAAAAAAAAAAAAAAUCAUCAAAAAGUGUAAUAGCAAUGGAGUGUAUUAAAUUCCUUUUUAAUUCAGCUUCUCUGCACAGGAAGCUUUUAGUGACAGGGCCUGAAAGAAGAGUCCUUAAAGGCCGACUGUCAAAAGGAUAUUCUAGAGUCAAAAGGUUUUUAAAAAUGUAAUUAAUUUUAAUUGGUGUUAGGGAACAAAUUAGAAAGGAUACAGGUGGAGUUUCUGCUCUGUGUCCCAAGAUACAAGAGAUUUUGUUAAUGACAUCUAGUAUCUAAAGUUGAGAAACUAGCAUGUUUUGUGAUAAAUAGGCUCUCUUCAGACACAAUUUAUCCAUGGUAGAUUGCUGCUGUCAUACAGCCUCUUCUCCCGGGUAACAGCAAUAGGAUGAGAGGGAAUGGCCUGAAGUUGCACCAAGUGAGGUUCAGGUUGGAUGGUAGGAGAAGUUCCUUCUCAGUAAGAGUGGUGGUGCAUUGGCACAGGCUGCCCAGGGAGGUGGUGGAGUCACUGUCCCUGGAGGAACUGUGCAGAUGUGGCACUGAGGGAUGUGGGUGUGGUGAGAGUUGGGGUGGGGUUGGACUAGGUGAUCUCAGUGGUUUUUUCCAGCCCUGAUGGUUCUAUGAUUCUGUCAUUCUAUCUGUGAAUCAACUUCUCAUACUGCUCUGCUCUCUGACACAGUUCUUACUUCUCAAAUAAUAAGUACACUUGAGGAAAUCACAAUCUGUUUCUAGAUAGCUGGAAAAAAAGUUUUCCAAAGCCCAGGGCCAAGCAACUCAUUUUGAGAUACUCCCAUCUUCCUGACCUGACCUAUGUGCUAUGAAUUGGUCCUUCUCAGUAGAUUGGUUCCUGGGCAGUGGCAUUGGGCGCUCAGCCCCUGCUCUCGCAAGCCAGCAGCACUAAGGUGGAGAUGAGUGAGCAGCACAAAGCCAGGCACUGGCUCCACGUGUCUUCAGUGAGUGAAGGGGUUUCACUGUGAAUUGGAGGAAAUGAAGAGUUUUAGGGUAUUUCUCAUCAGCUUCAUUUUGUGCUUCUCCUGAUUAGAAAAUGCAUUACAAGUACAUGUUUUGGGGAUCAUCUGAGAGAGAAGGAAAGGUUUGUAACAGCGUUUAUGUGAAUCCCAGAUUUAACAAUACAACCAAAUGAAUGAGAGGGAACGAAACCUGUUCUGGUGAGCCGCGUUCCUCAGGAGUUGCCACUCACUAGGGUAGAGGAGAGCUGUUGUUGGGGAGCACAACCCACUGGAGGGAGGAGCAAAGCUUACCCUGCUCCUCAAUCACUUCUAUUUCACUUUUUUAUGAUGCAGUCAUGAAUUAGUUCUUUCUGCUUUUGUAAUUAGAGAGUAGAGCAGAUGGUCAGGGUUUAGUUCAGGGCGAUAAAUCCAUUAAGAUAACCUACAGGAAGCUGCUGCUGCAGCAGUUGCCAAAUAAUUACUUGAUGUUUCGUUCAGGCUUUGGGCACUGGGUGGAAGGAGAAGCAGCACGGUUUUUUACUGCCUGAGCUACAAGGGGUGAGAAAACACACACAUGGCUGUAGGGAAUGUGUUAUUCUGGCCAUGCGGCUCAAGAAGGAUGAGUGGGAACGAACUCAAGUUUACCAGUGGUGGUUCAGGUUGGGCAUUAGGAAAAUCUUCUCUGAAAGAGUGGUGAAGCACUGGAAUGGGCUGCCCACAGAGGUGGUGGAGUUACCAUCCCUGAGGUGUUCAAAAAAAAGGGUAGAUGUAGUACUAAGAGGGAUACGGUCUAGUGGGCAGGGUGGUGGUAGGUAGACAGUUGGACAAGAUGGUCUUAAAGGUCUUUUUCAACCUUCAUGCUUGUAUGAUUCUAUGAACAAAAACUGCAUAAGCAUGGAUUUGGGUUUGCAGAAGGAUAUUUGUGUGAUUUCUGCACCUCAGAGCUCCCUGCCUGGCUGGAUGGUGACACUCCACUUGUCUCCAGAGCUGGUAGCUGAGGCAGAGCUGGGCUGGGAUGUAAUCAGAGCUAUGAUGAACAUAAGCACUCUGUGCACCCCCUUAAUAGACACUGAGCUUUCUAGGAGGGACCCAUUCCUCAGCUCAGUGUGUCCAUGCACCACAGACAGAAGGCAUUUGUAGUAAUAAGCCAGCUGAAUCACUGGGGAUAAUUUACUUUAAAUUUUACAUACUGUUGCUAGGGGAGACUUUCAGCUGCUUCCCCUUGUGUGUCAUGGGGAAAAAAAAAAAAUGAGGAAAAUUAAGUAACAACUUAAUUGGCUUUUAUAGCAGUCUGCAGGGGAAGUGCAGGCCUGUUCUCUGCCUAGCUACAGAGCACGGUGUGUGCCGUAACCAGGGGAGGCCGUAUUACUGGCAUGACAGCACAAUGAUUUUUUAUUAAAAAAAAAAAAUCAGAAAAACAAAAUGCCUCCAUUUGGGGGCUGCUUUCUGCUUGGGAAGGACUUGUGAAGUGGUUGGGGGGUGGCAGGUUGGGCACUGAGUGGAGAAGAGACUGGCGGCAGCCAAGGAGCUGCUGUUCUGCUGCCUCCUCUCACCUAUGGUCUGCCCAGAGAGCAGGGCUGGCAGCCAGUGGAGUGCAGGGCCAGGGGGGUGCAGCGAUGGGCCCUGCAGCGAUGGGUCCUGCAGUAAUGUGUCCCGCAGUGAUGGGCCUUGCAGUGAUGUGUGCUGCAGAGGGUGACAGCUCUGACUGCAAGAUCUCAAAUGUGAAAUGAAGAUGUUGGCAUUAGCUGGAUCUGCAUGUCCUACCUUUGUGCUCACAGUGAUCAACAAGCAGCUUGCAACAUUCUGGGCAAUAAAGAGGAUGGUGAUGCCAGGGCUGAUGAGCAUGAUACCUUUUGCUCCCACUGCUGCCCUGCUUGCACAGCCCAAGUGCUGCAAUGCCACGCAGAGCAUAAGGAAGAGGGCACAGCAACAGAUCUUCCUUGUUUCAUUUCUCACUGCCUCCAAAUUGUUGCAUUUUGCAGUAGAAUCAGCAACAGACAGCAGUAAGAAAGAUAUCGACAGUCCAUUUUUUAUUGAAUUUUGUCUUUAAAAAUUCAACCAGCGGUUAAAUCAAUGUCAAUUACAUUAAAACGCAUACGUUUCAAGACUAAUCACUUUCUCUUACUCUUCUUCAUUUCCUGGUACCUAAGGCAGAGCUGCACUGACCUGCCUGUUGGGGGUUGGGGGCCAGUGGCAGAGAGAUGCAGAUAGCACACCACCUUCAAAAUUACUUGAUCAAUAUAGCAAAGAGCAAUGCUUGUAAUGUGCAUUUAAGAGAGAAAAAGCAUGAGCAUUUCUGCAUGCAGACCCUGGCCUUGCUCUCUGUAAAACCAAUCCAUACCAGCCACCAAACAAAUGUCUUGACAGGAUUUUUUUCCCUGGCACCAGUUAGUGUGCACACUACAUCUUCUGACUGCAGCACAAAUUCAGUUGUAAUCCGACAGCAGUGAGAGGUGACUGACACCUGCCCAGCUCACUGCUUUGGAUGCCCCACUCCGGACCAGAGUGUGUUCAAACAGAACUGUUUUGAGUAGUACAGUAGCUCAAUAGCUGCUGGUCACAAUGCUGAUCUUUUUGUUCACAGCGUGAUUUUAUUUGCUUUCAGAGUUUUUCUUAACUCUGUCCAUGUUUUUUAUCCUCUCUGAGGACUGACUUAGGAUUCUUUAUGGUUCUGUCUGUAUAUUGCAUGUGCUCAUGUGACACUUGUCAUGGAUGUAAUUUGAUUCUUGUACUCAGUAGUGCCAUCAUUCUCAGUCUUCAGGAACCUCAUUCUACUCUACUGCAGGCAAACUAAAAUUAUUGUUGAAAAAUUUUAAUAUAAAGACACUUUGUGGAGCCCUGUGCCAGGGGUUUGGUGCUUGGAAUCCUGAGUGUUCUGUAAGUUCCUCGGAGGUGGUGACUCGAGCACUGAAAUCUGGGUGGUUUAUGUCUGACUGGUCUCCAAGUUUCUGGGGCAGGGAAAAGUCUUCCCUAUUAAUCCAAAGGCAUCCCUCCUUCAUUUCUUUAAGGUUGCUAAUAAUUAUUAUUCAAAGCCCCACUGGGAAGCCCUUGUUUUAUGGAUUUUUGCAUGCUUUCAAUCUGAUCCCUACAUGCUUGAUCUGAAUGGCGAUUGAUCUUUAAAGACCUACACUACUGACUUAUCUUUUUUCUCCUGGGAUCUAUCUGAAGAACGUGGAACCAGGAACACACUGCCAUGUGUGCAGUGCACCCUGCCCAGGUAACAUCCCCUUGGUGUCUCAGCAUCCUGGCCACAUCCUGACUGUGCCAGGAGGAGCUGUGUCUACUCAUGGGAGGAAUGGAAAGCUGAGUUAGCAGAGAGGAGCAGUCCCUUGGUGCUGGAGUGCUACUGGUGAGAUUUCCAGGGUGCCACAGCUGCAUGCUGUGCCUUUUCCCCACUGCUGAAAGUCUCCAGCAGCCAGCAGUUACUGCACCAGGAUCUGCAUUUUUCUCCUGCUGCACUCGCUGCUCUCUCUGGCUUACAAUAGUUCUCCAUUUAAGAGGUCCCCGAGUUACAGUCUGCCAAAAAACCUAUGUGUCUGUGCUGGGUAUCGCUGCAUGCUCCCUCUGGUUUUGUGUUUCCCAUUGCCAUCUCCUUGUGCUCAGGCCUUUCCUCUGCCUCAGCACAGCUCUCGCUGUUGUCAUUGCUGCCCUCCUUGUACCAGAUCUUGAGACCUUGCAGCCCCUCCUCCUUCUUGCUCCCUAAAUUAAUUUCCACUGUUUUUGCCUUUUUAGUUGCAUUUACUUUUAAAAACCUGCCUGCGAAUGACUGUGCCAUUAACCUCUGUGCUCUUCACAAUACUGUACACUUUGCAACUUCAUUAAAGUCUGAGUAAAAGGAAAUAGAGUGCCUCAGUGUAGGACAUGCAGAUGGUGUUCUGUUCUCUGUAACUGAACCAGAAAGGACAGUUCCUCAUUUUUGAUCCAGAAAACAACCUUUGUACCUUUCCAGCUGUUAGUGAAAUAUGGCUGAUAUGCCCUUUUUUUGGUGAUUCUUUUGUGACUACUUUAAAGGAUGCAUCAUACAUCAGAAUAUCAGAUGGAAAGCUGAGGGGUAAGAUACGUGGAUGGUAAUAGGGGGAAACAAGCAGUGGCUGUAUUGAAAAUAAAGCUAAAAAAAAUAUAAAAAUAAAAAUUAUAUAAAUAUAUAAAUAUAUAUAUAUAAGAGAAAUAAUGUUAAAAUUAGAGGCUGAUAACUGUAGAUAGUUUGUUGUUGCUAUACAAACAAAUUCCCACUGAGGGGAAUUGCUUCUGCCGCUAAACUAAUAACCAUCCACCACUAUAACUCCAACAGCCAUGCUGCUUUUUGCAGCAUCCUGCUCUCAGAAGAUACAGCUACUUUGUCUAAAGCAUGAAAUAAUGCAAAAUCUUGCAGGCUGAUAUAGGGGAUUUAAAGAAAAAGGAAAGAAAGGCCUUUUAAGGAAAUUGAAAAUGGUUAAGUGUGCAAAGUGGCCUGAAAAUAUUUUUUUUUCCCAUGAAUGCAUUAGGUUGCAAAGGACACCAACAAUCAGGGGAAAAUGGUAUUUGGUAAGAGAUUCAUUCAAAGUGCAUUAAAAAUGUCCUUUCUUUUUGAAAUGCAUUAGAUCAUUAGCUACAGGUAAACAUGAAGCGCUUCCUACUCUCCUUCCAACUAUAUACGGGUCUGUAUGUAUUUAUACCUUAAUUUAUCACCUUCUGCUACCAAAUUUUCAUUUGAAAGAGUUAGAAAUACAUGCAAAAAACCUCUAGCCUAGUAGAGAUAGCAAAUUGCAGUGCUUUAAUGAAAUCUCAAACCUUCCCUGAGCCAUAAACCUACAGCUGAGAUUCAUACAGCAAAAAGUGCUUUUUAGAAUUAUCUGGAUUCCAUCCAGGAUGACUGAAAUAGGGAUCAAAGUAAAUGACAUGUGCUGGAGGAAUGGUGUGUUGAAGGCUAAUCUGAUGCAUAUGUUUAGGGAAAGUCCAUUUAUCCAUAAAUUAAGUGGAGAAAUACUUCAAAGGGCAAAUAUGAUCUUGAACAGCAAUAUUUUGGGAUACUAAAAUGUUUCUAUUAAGGAAUCUAAGGGAUGUUACCGUUCAUAAAACCACACGGACACCGUUUCCAUGCAGACUGGUUCAACAGCUCUGAAGAUUGAUCCAUUAGCAGAGGAAAACACCUACAAUGGAGCCAGGUAGUGUGAGUGACAAGUGAGGGAUGAAGUCAGACGGUCAGAUGCAAAACCCUCAGAGUUACAGCAGAAAGAGCUUCCUGGGCUUUGCAGGGUUUCAGAGGGAGCCUGGUGUGUCUUCCCUAUGUCUGAAUCAGCAGAAGGGUCCUUGUGUCAGCAAAUGAAGAAUUCCUUUUGAACGUAAAAGGAGAAUUACGCAAGUAUGCACCAGGGAAAUUCAGGGCAUGUGGGUGUUUCAGUUCUGCCAGGUUACCAUUUGGAAACCUGUGCCCAGCAGGCACAGGGUCUGAGGGAUUUUGAAGAGCAGAGAGACCGCUUUGGCUGAAAGAAAUAGGUUGGACACAAGGACAAGAAUGUGCAGAGCGUGUUUGCUCAGUGCAGCCUGCUCCGUGUUCUAUUUCUCCCUGGUUUCAUGGAGAGGGGCAGGGAGCGGGAUAUUUCUCAUGUGUCUUCACAGAUCAGUGUAACAGCCUGCAUAGGAGCGCCCACAGAAACCAGCCCUUGGUCACCUCUGUUUGCAAAUCCUCUUUUAUCUCCAUAGUUACACUGCUCCAAGAAAGCCACAUCCGGUAAUUACAAAAUGCACACUGAAGCUGUAAUGCUGUUCUCUGGGUUGCAUUUGUUAAGCUUGUUGGCCAGCUUGUUCAUCGCGUCUCUCUAAAAGGCUCUUUUAGAGAAGAUUCUAAGACUUGUCUCCACUCUAUUAGGACCCCACCAAAAUACGCGUGUUUCUUUUCACUAUUGCUGUAAAUCGUACAUGAGUGAUGUAAUAAUCUCCUCUCACAUCAAGGCUCCCGCUGAUGUCUCCGUCCACCACUAGGUGCCAGUAGGAGCAUUGCUUUUGGAAGACGGGAGGCUGAGAUGAGCGAUCUGGAGGGGCCGGCUGUGCCUCUGCACGCAUUGCUCGUAAUGGUGUGUGACUCUUCAUUUCUGUCUCUACGUCAUCUUACAGCAGGGAGAAGGGAAGAAUAACUCUUUGCUUGCAAUUUGCUUACCGCUAUCAGUAUCUUUAAAUUGAUGGGAUUUUCACAUUUCUGCCACCCAAACCCCCCAAAUAUUUUCUGAUCCUAUUUACUAUAUGCUUUAGGUUUUAAUGUGCAGCUGAGCAGGGUUGGUAAUCCUGCACAUUAACAGGAGGCACCCACAAGGGGACAAUCUGUAGUGCUUUUUCUCAUGGCAAUGGAUAUCUCUUGGCAAAGCAAAUCUUGUGCUGACAGGAUUUUCCCAUCGGUGGGUUAAGCUUUGAGCAAGGCCCUGUUUUAAUUACCAGCUGGGCAGUGGCACACUGCUGGCUGUACGCAAAAGCCACCAUUCCCCACGGAGCUGGCUUGGUGGGCCAGCACAGCCGCUCUCCAUACUCACUUUGGUUUGGUGUCACAUUUUGUUUCUCAUCAUAAACUCUGCUCUCAGAGGCUGUGCUCUGUUGUGCCAGGCUUUGAGCUGCAGCUUCACAGGUGCAGUUCAGCUACAAAUGUAUUUAGUUACUGGAAGAAAAAAAAAACAAAAACUACUUUCAAGCUUUGUAACAUACCAAACUGUCAGUGAAACAGAAAUGGCAAAAGCCCCUGCUGUGGGUUGGUUGAGAAUUCCCUUUGGAAAAGAGAUUCCAACACAGUUCAGUGCCAGUGAGAAAACUUUGACAGUGCCAAAUAUUGUUAGUAUUAGUACAUGAUGAGGAAAGAAGCUAGAGCUCUUAUCAGAAGCAGAUGGUUUUGUGGCAUCUCUGUUCUUAAUCAACAAGAAAGUCUGGUUUCCACUAUAGUUCAGAAAAUAAGUACAAUUAUGGGAGUGGAUGGCUAUUGUUUCCUAAGACAUAUGGUACUUGUGGCAGACAUGAAAGCAAUACCAAUACUGGGAUAUGACCAGACAGUGUGCUGAGAUCUACAGGAACACAGGUUGUCUUCUUUGUGACCAGGAAUGAAUCCACCUGAACGCAGAGAACGGUGGCACUGUUGGGAACAUUCUGUCCCCCUUCCUGAUAUAAAAUAUGUACAUGAGUAGAGUUCUAAGUAUGAAGAGCAUACGGUUGGUUUUGACUGGAGAAAAUGAUGAGACUGGUGAGAGUGUAGCUGUUCAAACAGAGCUGAAGGCUGGAACUCAGAAAAUUUAUUCAGAGAACCUCAGGUGAGCUGCUGGAAGGGAUUUAGUCCAACCAUUCAUCCCAUUACAGAGUCAGUGCUUCCUAAUGCAGUCCAACCAAAUAUUUGCUUAAGACGUUCUUAAAAUCCACAUCCUCAUGAUGUGAUGAGGUGGAUUGCUUAGGUCUUUCAACCGCUGGUUAGGCCCUGGGGAAAAGGCUGGGUUCUCUUUGCAGCAGUGCAAGCUUUUUGCUGUUUGCCCUGCAAACAUUGUUCUCUCAUUUCAUAGCAGCUGCCCUUCUAGGACACCGUCUUUAUUCCCUCAGUCAUCUCCCUGCUAGACUAGAAAGGGCCAACCCCUUCAAUCCUUCUACUUUAUGUGGUGUUUUGCAGAGGCUGAUCCUUCUGCUGCCCUGUUUUCUCUCCUUUCAAUCGAUCCUUUUUCUUGAAGCACAGUACAAAGCUGGACAUCAUGCAGCAGCUGGGCCCAACCUGCCUCAGCAAUUAGAGACUGUGUGGGUGCUCCUGCCUACACACCUUCACCUUUCCACAGCCCAUGACCCAUACAUGCAUUGUGACCUGCUGUAACACCAGGGGCUUUCAUAAAGAACUUGCCACCACAGCCCUAAAUCUCUGCUGUUUAUUACUUGUUAAGGUGUGAAAGUAUGCAAUUGAGUUCAAGGAAUUGCAUCUUCAGGGGACUGAUCUACUUGCCUAACCAGCUGUUAAUUAAGGUUACUUUUUAUUCUGUUACUCUCCUCCAGUGGCCUUGUAAAAGGCCUUCUAGAAGCAUUAGGUAUCAUCUGUGAACAUCAGAGGCGCUCUCUAUAGUCAGUUACUACAAUGUAGUUCAUGUUUGCAGCAAUAACCAGUUUGGGGUUUAUUUUCCCAUGAUGCAAGAGACCUUUAGCCAAAGCAGUCCUUUCUGUGAACCAUAAAGGCAGAGCCCUGAAGAAGAGCCUAACUAAAACUCUUUCAGGAAAUGGAACCUGUGGAAACAUGGAGUCUUUCUUCUUUUAAAUCAGUGACUUGCAUUCUGUGUCCAGUAGCAGAGCUGAAGUAGGAUUUGCUCCAGGAACUUCCUCUUAUAAAAAUAAUACUAUAAUAAUGUAACGAUCUGCCUAGUAUUGUCAGACUUCUGUUAUCACUUGUGUGUUUCAGAAUCUGAAAAUAUAAAUGAAUGUGAAGUUUUCUGUGUUUAGGGAAAAGAAAAAAGAAACAUAACCAAAGCAACAACAUUAAAAUACAUAUUCAGUAAUGUGACCCUUUUGUUGAAAACAUGCCCGGCCUGUUCUUCCUUGUACAAGUUUGUAAAUACUUUGUAUUCCUCCAAGCAUUGUCACUGUGGUUUGCAGUAACAGGAAAAUAAAUCAUGUUUGUUAAA